GGAGGAGAGAGUGGUGAUUAUUGACAGUGGUGAUGAGAUGGAUGUUGAGAAGGAGGACGGGGAGUUGGAGGAGGGGGAGAUUGAUUUGGAUUCGGAGUCUGCCGAUAACGAAAAGGCAGCUGCUGCUGGUGCUGAUAUGAAUGUUGAUAGUUCAGAGGGUGGUGUGAAGAAUGAGGUGUGGGAGAAGCGAGUGAACUUGCUAAGGGAAGCAUUGGAGUCUCUGACUAUUACUGAGGCCGAGAAAUCAUUUAGAGAUGUAUGUCUCCGGUUUCUUGGCAGUUUGGAAAGCUUGCGAGGAGUACUUUCGGACAUAAGUGUGUCUACUAAAGAAGCUCUUGUUCAGCAGUUGUUCACUGCCGUACAAGCUAUUAGCUCGGUUUUCUGCUCGAUGAGCCCUGACCGGAAGGAGCAGAAUAAAGAUGUUCUAGCAAGGAUACUUUCUUCUUCAAAGAGUGAUCCUUCUCCUUUUUCCGCUGAGCAGCUAAAAGAGAUAGAGGUGAUGAUAUCCUCUAUGGAAUCCCCUGCUGUUUUCCCUCAAACUAAAGCAGGUACUCAGGGCAACGAGAUACAGUCUAUUAAUGGGGUUAACAAUAUGGAUUCAGAUACUUCAGUUGCAAAUGCCAGUCAUGUGUUCACUUAUUCAGCUAAUAAUGCUUCAGAUUUUGCACCUGUAUCUGUGGUUCAUAGCAAUCCUAAUAUAUCAUCCGAAGUUCCAAGAUCAGGGACAUCUAGUUUUAAGGGUAGAGGACUCAUGCUACCCCUUUUAGACCUUCACAUGGAUCAUGAUGAAGAUAGCCUUCCAUCUCCUACACGAGAACCACCAGCAGGUUUUCCUGUCCAGAAACUAUCGGUUGUUGCUGAUGGGAUGGUAAAAAAAUCAGGGUUGGAGACAACUCGGGUGGCCCUAGAUGUAGAAGGUUCAAAAAUGCAUGGUUAUGAAACUGAGGCUCUUAAGGCUGUUUCUAGCUAUCAACAAAAGUUUAGUCGUAAUUCUUUUUUGACGAGUGAACUUCCAAGCCCAACCCCUUCAGAAGAGGGUGAUAGUGGGGAUGAUGAUACGAUUGGGGAGGUUUCUAGUUCUUCUGCACCUAGUAAUGUGAGAACUUCCCGUCCCCCCAUUUUGGGUCGUCAAGUUGUUUCUUCUCCUCCUCCUCCUACCAUCAUCAUGGCUAGCUCUGACUUGCAAGGACCAAUUACUGCAAAAAGUGCAGCCUCUGUGAGUUUGGUGUCUAAUAUGCCUGUUAAAUCUUCAGCUAAGAGUAGAGACCCUAGGCUUCGAUUUGCCAAUUCUGAUGUUGGUGCGUUGACCCUUAACCAACAAUCCUCAAUUGCGGUGCAUAAUGCACCUAAAGUGGAUUCUGUUAUCACAGUAAGCUCAAGAAAGCAUAAAUCCCCUGAGGAGUCUAAUUUUGAUGGUCCUGAAUCAAAAAGACAAAGGGGUGCAAACUCAGUGGUUGGUAGGGGUGCAAAAACUUCUUUCGGAAGUGGUGGCUGGUUGGAGGACAUCAGUAGUGUUGGACCUCAUUUAAUUAACAGGAACCAGGCUGUGGAGAAAAAAGAAGCUGAUCCCAGAAAAGUGAAUAAUUUUUCAAGUUCUCCUGGUACCCAGACUGUGGAGAAAAAAGAAGCUGAUCCCAGAAAAGUGAUUAAUUUUUCAAGUUCUCCUGGUACUGUCGAAGGCAACGCCAGUGCCCAAAAUACUGCAAAUGAGCAGGUGCCAUUAAUGGCUGCAAGCUCAGCUUCCUUGCCUGCAUUAUUGAAAGAUAUUGCUGUGAAUCCGACCAUGUUGAUUAACAUACUUAAGUUAGGACAACAACAAAGAGCAGCAGAAGCUCAGCAGAAGGCUGCUGUGCCCGCAGAAAGUAUGACAUAUCCUCCGAGCUCAAGUUCAAUACCCGGAGCACCUGCAUUGGUGAAUGAUCCUUCAAAGACAUCUGGAGCUUUGCUGACACCAACCAUUAGUUCACAAAAAGCUCCAACGGAUGAGGCAGGAAAAGUCCGCAUGAAACUCCGGGAUCCUCGCCGACUUCUCCACGGUAAUGCACUUCAAAAGAGUGGAAGCUUGGGACAUGAACAGUUUAGAAAUAUUGUACCCCCAAUGUCAGGCAGUCAGACAAACAAGGAUGAUAUUAAUGGGCAAAAGCAAGAUAGUCAGGCAGAUAACAAUUUAGUGCCUCCACAGUCAGUGGCUGUAGCAGCCCCUGACAUUGCUAGCCAAUUCACCAAGAAUCUUAAAAAUAUUGCUGAUAUUAUGUCUGUUUCCCAAGCAUCUUCCCAAGUAUCAACAAGUCCAGCAGUACCUUCUCAGAAUCUAUCUACGGAACCUGUUCCAAUCAACCGAGACAAAGUUGAUCAGAAAGCUGAGGACCAGCAUACUGUAAGUAUAUCUGCACCCGAACCAACUGCAGCAGGUCCAUCUCGUUCGCCGGCCACGUGGGGAGAUGUUGAGCAUCUAUUUGAAGGAUAUGAUGACAAGCAAAAAGCAGCUAUCCAAAGAGAGAGAGCAAGAAGGAUGGAAGAACAGAAGAAAAUGUUUGCAGCACGCAAGCUGUGCCUUGUGCUGGAUCUAGAUCACACACUUCUUAAUUCCGCUAAGUUUGUAGAAGUAGAUCCAGUGCAUGAUGAAAUUUUGAGAAAGAAAGAGGAACAGGAUCGUAAAGAGCCACAAAGACAUCUCUUCCGGUUUCAACAUAUGGGAAUGUGGACCAAAUUGCGGCCUGGGGUGUGGAAUUUUUUAGAGAAGGCUAGUCAUCUUUUUGAGAUGCAUCUUUACACAAUGGGUAACAAGCUAUAUGCUACAGAAAUGGCAAAAGUGCUAGAUCCAACAGGGGCUCUUUUUGCUGGACGAGUUAUUUCUAGAGGUGAUGAUGGGGAUCCUUAUGAUGGUGAUGAGAGGGUUCCUAAGAGUAAGGAUCUGGAAGGAGUUUUGGGUAUGGAAUCAGCUGUUGUAAUUAUAGAUGAUUCUGUGAGGGUCUGGCCACAUAACAAACUGAAUUUGAUAGUUGUAGAAAGGUAUACCUACUUUCCUUGUAGCAGACGGCAAUUUGGGCUUCUAGGUCCUUCCCUUCUAGAGAUUGAUCAUGAUGAGAGACAUGAAGAUGGAACUCUGGCAUCCUCAUUGGCGGUUAUUGAAAAGAUACAUGAGAUCUUCUUCUCCCAUCCUUCCCUAGAUGAAGCAGAUGUUAGAAAUAUUCUGGCCUCUGAGCAGCAAAAGAUUUUGGGUGGUUGUCGUAUAGUAUUUAGCAGGGUGUUUCCAGUUGGUGAGGUCAAUCCUCACCUACAUCCUUUGUGGCAGACAGCUGAACAGUUUGGUGCUGUGUGCACCAACCAGAUAGAUGAUCAGGUUACCCAUGUAGUUGCGAAUUCUCUUGGGACUGACAAGGUGAAUUGGGCACUUUCUUCUGGAAAAUAUGUUGUGCAUCCUGGCUGGGUGGAAGCGUCAGCUUUGCUUUAUCGGAGGGCAAAUGAGCAAGAUUUUGCCAUUAAAGCAUAAAGAACCACAUCCUAACCCUUUUGGAAAACUAAAACUGAUGAACAUAGAAUCACGAAUCACUUUGAAGUUGGGAUGGAACUCCAACCUUAGGUCAGGUCUUGCAGGAAUCGGGCUAGACCUGACACUGUUUGGCCUUGUUUUGAUUCAUAUGCCCAUCAAUUAAUUGGCAAUUGCACCCUAAAUUGCCUUGCCAAUUCGCCCAAGCAUAUGAAACAGCCCCAAGCUUCAAAAUUCUGCUUUCAUGGUGGGCUGUCACCUGAAGAAGAAUGAAGUAUUAAUCAUGGUGGGUUUGAGCAUGGUGAUUAUGUUUUGGCUUGGAGCAUUGUUUCCCGAACAGGUUUCGUCUUGAAAAGGAGAGAAAUCUUGAGAAACCUGAUUCCAUUGACAACUUCCAGCCAGUAGAUGUAUAUAGCCAGAGGGGUAUCAGGAUUGUUUAUGAAUGUGUGUUUGUGAGGCUCCAAAACGUAAAAUAAGAGAUUGAAAUCCGGUGACAAAUCCGGUACUGCUCGGAGGUAAAAGGAUGACAAUAUGACGGGAGAGAUUGGAAAGGUUUUACGUGCUAAGGAAGUGCCUAUUUGCAGGGGAGCGGGGUUUGGAAUUGAAUUUGGUGCGGUAUUAUCAUAGUUGACUGGGCUCGUUGGCUAACUUUCUAUUUCACUCUGUCCCGACCUAACUAAAUUGGUUUUGCACAAAGAAAACAUGGGGAAUAAGUUGGUAAAAGAAUUUUCCUACAUAUAGAAGAGUUUUCAGCAGGUUUUAACCUACGUUUUCUUUUGUUUUUACAAUGUAGUCGAUAAUGACAAGUUUUCUACUGAAAAGAAAAGAAAAGUUGUAUCGACCCUGUC